AUGGCUCAAACUACGUUCCGAAUCAUGGCCCCGGCGACAUUUCCUCUCAGCCCGGCGGCAGCCCCCCGGCGCGCCCGGUUGAGGGCGCCGAUAGCAUGCCAGUACUGUCGCGGUCGCAAGGUCCGCUGUGAUCUCAACAAGCGAGGUUCGCGGUGCACCAACUGCGAGCUUGAUGACGUUCACUGCAAGGUCGCAAACACUCGCAGGCGCAGGAGCACCGUGGUUCCCUCCACCAUCUCUGGGAGCAUCAACACCACCACAGUCGACGUGUCAAACACCCAAGACCGCACUGUCUCGCCAGGUCAUAUUGUGCACUCCCCAGCGGACGACAACCUUGCCUUUGAAACAGUCACCCUCUUGAGACCCACGAACGGAGAUUCAGAAGCCCGAGCCCCUCCCCAACUGCAAGCCGAUAGCAGUCAAGAAGAUAAUAGCUUGAGUCCAGACAUAAUAGAAGAUCUCCCUCCCGAAACACCACAAAUUGGGUCCUUGGCCAUGGUCCCAGACCUUGACCCUAUGCCCUGGAAGCUUCCUGCAUUUAUUAAACCAAUCGACCCAGAUACUUCGCAGUCUGCUCUUAACUAUCUUGCGGCUGAGGGGGCCUUCUGGCUUCCAGAAGGAAAAUUACGGCAGGCUCUGGUUGACGCUUGCUUUGAGUUUGUGGCCCCUUACAUGCCCUCGCUCGAUCGAUCCGAAAUUUUGGGCCACAUUGAUGUGUCUGUUGAGCACGCUCCAGAAGAGCCAUACCAGAAGACGAUAGGUAUCUUGUUAUUCCAAGCCAUUUUAUUUGCUGGCAGCGCCUUCGUGGACAGCGAUAUGCUCCAAUGCCUACAUUUUCCGUCACACCGUGAGGUACGCCGCUCAUUCUAUCGGAGGGCUCGGCUGCUCUAUGACUUUGAUGUCGACACUUCCUCUGUCGAGGUUCUCCAUGCUUUGUUGCUCAUGUCGUUCUGGUACGAGGACCCAGAUGACUGCAAGGCCGCCGCGUAUUGGAUCGGGGCCCAUGUGCAUCAUGCCCAGCAAUUUGGCGUCCAAGAAAAGGCUCUUGCCUCGCAGCCAGGCCAAGGAUUCUACAAGAGGCUUUGGUGGAGCGCAUACAUCCGGGACGCCCUCGUCUCAAUGGGCUUGAGGCUCCAGCCACGAAUACGAUCCCUAGUCCCAAUGCUGACUGCAGACGACUUCCCACAGCGCAAAUCCAAGGGCGACUCUCUAACCCGCAGCGCGCUUGAUCGUGCAACACUCUCCAUACGAAUGGCCGAGUUAUGCGUCUGUAUCAACCAGACCAUGUCAGAAGACGAAUCCCCUCACCAGCCGCCCCCCAGGAACCAUACAGAGAUGCUUGAUCUUCGGCUGGAGGCUUGGCAUAGGGCUUACUGCAGCGACUCUGCCACCCCAUGUUCACGAGAACUGGAAUAUGAUGCCUCUAGGGGUCUCACCGUUGGCAGGUUAUUAAUGAUCAUGACUUACUACACGGUGAUCUCAACCCUCCAUCUUCCCGAAAUUUCUCAGAGUCUUGUUGCUCCUGCACCAGGUAGUGUUAGGGGGCCAAAGACUCAAAAGAGCUACAACAAGGUCCAAACAGCCGUAUACAAAGUCUCUGUACUGGCGGAUGUUGUUUUGAAGAAAGGGUUAAUCAGCUAUAUGUCAACCCAGGGAAUCACAUGCGUCCUUCCAGCCGCCUCAAUCCUUUUGUUAAAUCUCAAGUCACCCUCGCGGCGUCUCUAUGAUCAGAGCGCGGCCGGACUUCGCACCUGUAUGCGCUUCCUUGAGCGUCUGGGUGAAAGAUACUCUGCCAGCGAGGCAGUCCUGGGCAACCUCAAAGCAGCCGUCGGCAAGUCAAAGAUUUCUUUGAGACCGGAGAAUAUGACGCCAAGAACGGAUUCCGAAUCGCCCAACGUUGAGGAACAGGAGCCUUCGCUCAGGCGACGACCCGUUCAAUAUCAAACCACAAGCAACUGUCCCUGGCCGCAUUACUCUGGUGACCAAGCCCCGACCGACGACAGUGGAGAUUAUUCGGUACACAUGCCCUUGUUUACCAAUGACAUGUCAGAGCAUGGCGAGGACACCAUGCUAUUAGAUUUCCAAAAGGAGCCUCUGUUCCACCAGAUGUCUAACUUUCUCGAGUUGGAGUCUGAAUUCUUUACACAGCUGGCGACCUCAAUGGAUAGCACAAGUAGAGAAGAGGACAGUGCGAGUUUUAUUCAUGACUUGGAGUUAGUUGGCUAA